GUUUAGACGAUGUGGAUAUCGUGUUGUUGUUGUUCGUCUAGAGGUAAAUCCGUCUCAGUAAUUUAUUCGCAUAUCAUAACGGCAAAUAACAAAAGUACUGUUUAUGUUGGUUGUAAAUAUAUAAUUUAGUUAUUCAGUCUUCAGUAUAACUGGCAGCUUUUAUCCAGAAAAUUUCUUUCGAAGAGGACUUACAACAUUGAAUGUUGUGCCCUGCUAGGCCUAGACUGGCCGGUUGGGAAUCUUUCUUCCAUCACUGGCACAGGCUACCUCAACCGGAACAUUGAUAGUGAGAAUACUGUAUUGCGAUCAUAUAUUCGGGCCUAGGAUAGCCCGUUUGAUUGUCACUUUGAAAGCUUCUUGUGUUAAAACUUUGUUUAACCACGGUUGUGUGUUUAUGAAUUAUAUGUUACAAUGGCUUCACAAAAUAACGCGAAUAUGGGCAAAAGUCAUGUAUUGAAUUACAAGAUCCAUAAAUGGUCAAGUUAUUCUUCGCAUUAUUUACCCGAGAACAUUCAAAUGAAUUGUCCAAAGGUGCUAUCCUCAAGAUGGUCUUCUGACAGCAAUUGUCCAACACAGUUUCUGACACUUCGACUUGAGCCUUGUUCAAUAGUUGAGAGUAUCACAUUCGGUAAAUACGAGAGGACCCACGUAUGCAACCUGCGUAUGUUCAAGGUAUAUGGAGGAUUAUGCGAAGAGAAUAUGCUUGAAUUAUUAAGCAGUGGUUUGAAGAAUGAUAAUCAGCCUGAAGUAUUUCAAAUUACUCAUAAAGUAGGGAAAUCCCCAUUGCCAUGCAGAUACAUCAAAAUUGUUCCAUUGAUGUCAUGGGGAACAAAUUUUAACUUCAGUAUUUGGUAUGUUGAAAUACGUGGUUACGAUGACCCAGAUAUUGUGAAUCCUUGUCUACUUAAAUACAAUGAGUAUCGGGAAAAAGAAGCUAUUCGUCUAUGUCUGAAGCAUUUUCGUCAACACAACUACAGCGAAGCAUUUGAGACUUUACAAAAGAAAACCAAGAUCUCUUUAGAACAUCCUAUGCUAACAGAACUACAUACUAGAUUGGUGCUACAAGGUGAUUUUGAUACAUGUGAGACUAUAAUGCAAGAGGCUUCUAGAUCAAAUCUCUUUGGGUACUACAUAAGCAAGCAGGAGUACACGCCUGAGUGGAGUCCAAUUUCUCUGCUCUCUAAUGUGGAAGAUGACCAGCGACCGGGAAUGAGGGGUGGACAUCAAAUGUGCAUCGAUGUUGUCACAGAAACUAUUUAUUUGUAUGGAGGCUGGGAUGGGUCACAGGAUCUUGCUGAUUUUUGGGCAUACAAGGUAUCUAGCGGACGAUGGCAAUGUUUAUCAAGAAAUACAGCAGAAGAGGGAGGUCCGAGUGCUCGUUCUUGCCAUAAGAUGUGUUUAGAUCCAGACCGACGUCAAAUCUUCAUUCUUGGCAGAUACCUUGAAUCAAUAGUCAGAAAUAUCUCACCGCUCAAAAGUGACUUUUACCUGUAUGAUAUUGAAUCAAAUACAUGGACAUUAAUAUGCGAUGACACAGGGUCAGAGGGUGGUCCAAAGCUUAUAUUUGACCAUCAAAUGUGUAUGGACAUUGAGAAGUCGACUAUAUAUGUGUUUGGAGGAAGGAUACUCACUAGUACGGCAAGCACAGAAGAGCGGCAGAGUGAGGCUUCGUUCAGUGGUCUGUUCUCGUACCAUAUACCCACAAAUACUUGGAAGAAGCUACGCGAUGAUUCUACUGGCACGCCACCCAAUGAAAUGAAAUCAAGGAUAGGACAUUCAAUGCUCUUCCAUUCAAAAAAUCGAAAAUUGUAUAUUGUAGCCGGACAGCGGUCAAAGGAUUACCUCAGCGACUUCUUCACGUAUGAUGUCGUGACAGAUGAGAUAGAAAUCAUAUCAGAUGGUACUAAGAAAGAUGGCACGCAAAUGCCUGCUGCUGGCUUUACUCAGAGGGCUACCAUCGAUCCAGAACUAAAUGAACUUCAUGUACUUUCAGGGUUAAGCAAAGAUAAGGAUAAAAGGGAAGAGGACGUCAAGAAUUCGUUCUGGGUGUAUUAUAUAGAACAAAACAGAUGGUCAUGUGUGUAUAAAAACGACAACAAACUUUUUCCUGGAAAAUCAAAUAAACAGAGUAUGGAACCUUGCCCCCGGUACGCCCACCAGUUGGUCUACGACCACGUUCACAAGAUACAUUAUUUAUUUGGAGGUAAUCCUGGAAAACUGAACGCUUUGUCACCAAAGUUACGACUCGACGAUUUUUGGUCUUUAAAGUUGUGUCGGCCUUCCAAAGAUAGUAUUCUUCGGCGAUGUCAGUACUUAAUUCGUAAACAUAAAUUCCAUGAGGUUGCUAGUGAAAACCAAGUGGAUGCGCUUCGGUACCUUCAGACAGAACUUGCUGAAACAGUCGACCAUAAAGACAAUGAAGAAACAAGAGAAUUCCAGUUGUUAGCUGCAUCAUUGUUCCGGAAAAAUGAAGAUGUACCUGAUCAUCUUCUAGCGGUGCAAGAGGUUAAAGGUCACCCACAUUAUACAAGUAGAACACAGCUUUUUGAUGCCUUAGUGAACUUCUUUCCUGAUCACAUGUCUCAACCAAAGGGAAAUCUAGUCGACUUAAUACCAGUCUGAAAACAAGAUGCCAAACAUUUUACAACUUACCAGUCAUUAUAAUUGGUCCUAAGUUUGGUUUGGUUUGGUUGAGCCACAUUAUUAAUAUCUGUUUUAAGGACAUUUUUAACUCAUCUAAAGCCGCAUUUACACUAGACACGAUUACGACACGACAACGACAUAUUAUUGCAUAGUUUGUAUACUUCAACACUGCGAGCAUCUGUAUCGUGUCAUUGUUGUAUCGUAAUUGUGUCUAGUGUAAAUGUGGCUUUAUCCGUGGCGUAUCUAAGAGUCUAGAAAUUGAGAGGGGAGGGGAUGAUGGGGGUGCAAUUGUAAUGUGGGGUGGGGGCUCAAUUGUUACGUGAGGUGAAACUAGCGUGAAAAGUCAGGUGAUAUUAGGUGAUUUUUAAAUAAUUGAGUGUAAUUUUUUUUUCAGUGGAGGUGCGACUAAAAGGUUGCAAGCUUUUUGUGAAGGUGUGCACUCACUGCCCCCCCCCCCUUCUUCUAGAUACGCCACUGUAUCUUACCACGAGCGAAUGAAUAAUACAUUAGUAUAAUGAUGCAAAUCAUCUGUAUUUCUCUUAAGAUAUGUUAAUUUCUCAAAGAUUUUGCUUGUUGGAGAAGAGCAGAAGCCAGAAAUCUUUUCCGAUUUGUCAGACUUUCCCAAAAGACUUGGACUCCUGAUAUCCAUGUUAGAAAACAACUUUUAAUAAAGAAAUUCAUGAAAAGAGGAAAAAAAAUGCUUAUAAAUGCUUUUACUAAUAAGUAUCUUUAUAAAGGGGUAUUUCCCCCCUCACUUCAAUUAUAUCGAAAAAGAAAAUUAAACCCGAUGAAUUUAGAGUGAAGUAUAAAUCUGCUAAUUCUCCAGAAUGUAUAUCAUCUUGACAUUGUUUUAAUAACAGACUAUUGGUGAUUUUAGAGAGAAAUAAUAUCAUUUUAAUAAUAGAUUUUUUUCAGUUUAUUAAUCAUGGAAUAAUAUGGCAUCCAUAAUGCUAUUGAUUGACAGACAACUAGUCUGUCAUGAGAAUUCCUUUGUUGAUAAUAAAUGUUGAGAGAAUAUCUCAAUAAACUAUAAUCCUAAAUA